AGAAAUCUAUAGAGCGUGCAGUGUUCGGCUAGUAAAAGUGUUAAAGUGUUAAAAGUGUAAAAGUUAAAAAUGACUGGUCGCGGCAAAGGUGGAAAAGGCUUGGGUAAAGGUGGUGCUAAGCGUCAUCGUAAAGUUUUACGUGAUAACAUCCAGGGAAUCACUAAGCCUGCUAUUCGGCGUUUGGCUCGUCGUGGAGGUGUAAAACGUAUAUCUGGUUUGAUAUAUGAAGAAACUCGUGGAGUCUUAAAAGUAUUUUUAGAGAAUGUUAUCCGUGAUGCAGUUACCUAUACUGAACACGCUAAAAGGAAGACAGUUACAGCAAUGGAUGUUGUAUAUGCUUUGAAGAGACAAGGACGUACCUUGUAUGGAUUCGGCGGUUCCGGAUCUUCUGCUAUUUCUGAGAAAAAAGUUGCUGCUAAAAAAGCUGUUAAGCCAAAAAAGCCUUCAGUCGCUCCUACUCAUCCACCAACUCAACAAAUGGUUGAUGCAUCAAUUAAGAAUUUAAAAGAACGUGGUGGCUCAUCACUUUUAGCUAUUAAAAAGUACAUCAGUGCUACAUACAAAUGUGAUGCUCAAAAAUUAGCACCAUUUAUCAAGCGUUAUUUGAAAUCUGCUGUUACUAGUGGUAAAUUAAUUCAAACUAAAGGAAAGGGUGCAUCUGGUUCUUUUAAAUUAUCAGUGGCUGCCAAUAAAUCAAGUAAAUCUGGUGAAGGUAAAUCGAAGUCAAAAGCGGUGAAAUCCAUUGAGAAGAAGCCCAAAAAGAAAUCGGCAGAUGGUGUGGCGUCAAAGAAGAAGGCAGCAGUUGGCGGUAAGAGAGCAAGUGGCGAAAAAAAAGUGAAGAAAACUGUUGCUAGCAAGAAAACAGCAGAGAAGAAAAAAAGUGAAAAGGCUAAAGCGAAGGAUGCAAAAAAGACUGGAUCUGUUAAAGCCAAACCAGCUAAAACUAAAUCGACUCCAAAUAAAGCAAAGGCGUUAAAAGCAAAAACACCUAGUGUUAAAACCAAGAAAGCCGCGUUAAAAAUGACUGGUCGCGGCAAAGGUGGAAAAGGCUUGGGUAAAGGUGGUGCUAAGCGUCAUCGUAAAGUUUUACGUGAUAACAUCCAGGGAAUCACUAAGCCUGCUAUUCGGCGUUUGGCUCGUCGUGGAGGUGUAAAACGUAUAUCUGGUUUGAUAUAUGAAGAAACUCGUGGAGUCUUAAAAGUAUUUUUAGAGAAUGUUAUCCGUGAUGCAGUUACCUAUACUGAACACGCUAAAAGGAAGACAGUUACAGCAAUGGAUGUUGUAUAUGCUUUGAAGAGACAAGGACGUACCUUGUAUGGAUUCGGCGGUUAAACAAUUUUCCUAUCAAAUAUAAAAAAAAAACAAAACGGUCCUUUUCAGGA